GUACUUACUGACACAUCAGAAGAUGAUAAGGACUGCAUGACUGUUGGAGAAGAUGGAUGCAGUGUGGAUUUCUCGUCAGGAAAAAAUGAGGAGGUAAAGUCCUUCUCAUUUGACCAAGUGGUGACUGUGAGCAACAUACAGAGACUUUCACCCCGACCUCCUGCAGGGUCUCACUCAGGCCGUGUCCAGUGGUUUAUAAUGGGGCCCUGCUGGUUCUGUGGAGUCUACACAGAGGAGGACAAACUCUCUGAUUGACUGUGCAAUCAUCAAAGAGGUUUUGAUAAACCUGUUUGGUCACAUUUCAUCACACGUGAAGGAAGAAUUAUUCCUCUCUGUGUCUGUCCUUCAGUUUUAUCCAGAUGGCACUGCAGUGGAUCUCCUGAGCCCCAAUAGACAAUCUGUGAAACACAUGACGCACCCCAUCCUUGAAAGUUUCGCAGGAAGUUUCUGUGAGGUUUGUGUGCAAUCAGCUGAAGAGGCUUACGCCUUUUACCAAAUAUGCAGAGAGAAACUGAAGACAGAUCCAUGCUCUGUAUCCAGUAGGUGCAGUUCUCUGUUGUCACUGGCGUUGAAAGAAACUCCAUCCAGAGGUGGUGGAGUCUGAGGUCAGUAGCAGCAGACUGCAGCUGUUCAUCCUGACAGGAGGAGCCAGCAGGACUGACCUCAGAGGUGUCAACCCACUGGGGAAAACUUUGGAUCAAAUUCAGUGUGGAGCCCCAGCAGGUGACAAGCUCCUCCCAUUUCUCCUAAAAGACAUUUUAACAGGAAACUGGAAGACGGUUCUCAUCUACUUCAUCUUCCCUCGAGGUCUUCUGGAUGAUGACACCUCCUCAGAUUUAGCUUUGGCCCAGAAAGUGAGGGGGUUAGUAACUAAGGCAACUGCUGCUCCCUGGUGUCCAAAGACAAACGAGCAAAAGAUCAGAGAUAAUAUCACAGACCUCAGAACCACAAUGAUUUCACAAGUUGGACAUGAUGUUCAGAAUGCCUACAGGCUGGCAGAGCUGACUCAAAGCCUGCAGCUGCUGAAAAAGCAGUCAUGGAAGAAAAGAAGGCAAGAAUCAGAGAAGAUAAAAGCCCAAGUGAAGAGCUGUCAAACCCCAAAUGGCAGCCAGCAGACUCUUCUGAGAGACAUCUCAGGCACGGUGAGAUAUUUACAGGACGAGCUCAGGCACCAAAUGGAAGAACAUAUCAGAGAGGGGAAAGCAGAUGUGGACCAAGUCCAGCAGAGGGUGUGCAGAAUCCAGCAGCUGAGAGAAGCACUUAGAGACGAAAUGGUGAAACACAGGGACGCUGGAGAGAAAUCCGACCCUUUUCAGCAAUCUCAGUUAGAAUACAGCAGUGCCCAGGAACAGAGGAGGCGACUUAAAGAGGAUCAUGGGAAAUUAAUUCAAGAGGAGGUGGAGAAGAUGCAGAGAGAUCUGGCACAGGACCAGACAGAAGGGCUCCAGAGAGAACUGCGGAUCCUGACCAGAGAGAGACAAGUUCUGGUGCUGCAGAUAGAAGCCCUGCGUGCUGAGGCCCUGCAAGCCGAGAAAGACUUAAAGGAUCAGUACCAGAAACACCAAACAGAACUGCACUGUCUGAGAGAGGAGAGCCUGCAGGUGUUCAGAGUGUAUCGUCAUGUAAAUGAAGAGCAGAGGAAGACGUCAGAGGGCAGGUACAGGACUGUGCUGCUGGAUGCCGUGCAGGAUGCAGUCUACCUGUCUGCCCAAAACCAACAGCUACAGGCCAACAACAAACAACUACGCAAAGAACUUGGACAUUUAAAGGAUGCUCUAGUUGUGCAAGGUGAUCCUAAGGCUGAUCGGUUACCACCAAAACAAUGAAGACAUGAAGACUUUUAAGAAUCAGAAAUAAAUUUGUUUUGUUUGUUGUCACAUUAACACA